UUUUUUUCUUUACUGGGAAUGAACCUCACAGCCAAGAUGGAAAUUAACGUCAGCCAGCAGCAGCUCAUGCCGCCCGCUUGUUUCUUCUCUGCCGCUGCAGCGGCGCAGAGCAUCCAGCUGAGCCCGUGCGGCAGCAGCCAGAGCAGCGGGAAGUCAAUGUCCAAGCAGCCCAAGAGGCAACGCUCCUCCUCCCCGGAGCUGCUGCGGUGCAAGCGGAGGCUGAAUUUCGCGGGUUUCGGCUACACUCUUCCGCAGCAGCAGCCGCACGCAGUGGCGCGGAGGAACGAGAGGGAGCGCAACCGGGUGAAGCUGGUGAACAACGGCUUCGCCACCCUGCGGGAGCACGUCCCCAACGGCGCCGCCAACAAGAAGAUGAGCAAAGUGGAGACGCUGCGCUCCGCGGUGGAGUACAUCCGCGCCCUGCAGCAGCUGCUGGACGAACAUGACGCGGUGAGUGCGGCGUUUCAGUCCGGCGUGCUGUCGCCCACCAUGUCGCAGGGAUACUCCGCUGACAUGAACUCCAUGGCAGGUUCCCCGGUGUCCUCCUACUCAUCUGACGAGGGUUCCUACGACCCCCUCAGUCCAGAGGAGCAAGAACUGCUCGACUUCGCCAACUGGUUCUGAGCAUCUGUAUGAG